AUGGCGGUUGCAAAGUGUUUUACGGAGAAAGAAGCUGCCAACAAGAUUGGAGAGCGUCUCUCAAAACAGAUCGAAACUGUGGAGUUGCUGGCCAGCAAACUGACCAGGAUUGGGAACAGAGCCCCGAAUAAAGCAGAUAUUGAUGUGAUCCAGCGGCUGGUCCAGAAAGCACACUGUGAAGCAAAGGAGGCCUAUGGCAUGGCUGAUGGCUAUCUGAGAGAGGUUCAAUCAGUCUGUGAGAACCUAAUGGAAGAGAAAGGAAGAAUGCAAGAAGAGAUGAAACGGAAGAAACAGGAACUGAGCGCUUUACAAGGACAGCUACCAACCAUUAGACAGGAGAAGGACAAGCAAGAACAUUACAUGCAUAGCUUAACAGAGUCACUGAGAGUGGCAGAGAAAGCAUUGGAGAGACAAAGGGAACAUGAGAAGUCUAUGGAAACUGGGCGGAAUGUGAGCAUGUGGAUAAUGCUUAUUCCCAUUAUUGGCACCAUAGCAGGAGGUAUAUCUGCCCUUGUUUGUGAAGCCAGCAGAGCUCAGGCAGAGGGCAAUUGUCGAUCGCUUGGUGAAGAAGUGCGGAGAGGAGAGAAGAAAGUUUCAAAAUGUUCAUCAGAUCUGCAAUCUUGUAUCUCACGCAUAGAGAAGAUGGGAAACGAGAUUCACCAGACUGAAAAAAGAAUACAAGCUGUGGACGAUCAACUGAACAGGCAGCAAGAGCGACUGGAAUAUUUCUUCGCUAUAGAUUGCCAGCUGAAACAUGGAACACUCAGUAUGAGUGAACUGCUCGGGAAAGUGGAAGUGCUGGAAUGGCGCAGUGAGAAAUUCCUGAAUCUGGAUGCUCUGAUCAUUGUUGUACAGGACGUAAUUGACCACAUAUUAAAGCUGCCUAACCUGCUAGAGGGGAAGAUUCUGCAUUUGGAGCCAAACACUGUUAACAUGCUGACAACCUUCAGUCAUCAGCUGCGGGCGAUUGAGUGGUCAGAUUCAGAUGUCAAUGAGCAGGAUAACUGUGAUGUGCCACAUGGUGUAAUGCCACAUGGCACUGUGUCACUUAAGGCAACUGAUGUAAUCUAUGUUUUCUUAUUCCUCUUACUCUCUCUGUGGCUCGUGAUGAAGUUUUAUUUUUAAUGUGUUGAGUCAUCCAGCACAGAAACAUGCCUUUCGGGUUAGGCCAACCACAGCCCACUCAUUUACAAUGACACUGCAUUAAUCUCAUAUAUUGUUCCUCCCACAUUUCCACAAAACACCGUGUCACUGCAGUGAUGUGAUCAAAGUUUUCUUAUUCAACUCUCUCUCUCUGACCUCGGGUCCCUAAUGCUAUGUUAUCUUCACAAGUCAUUGAGUCACCCAGCACCGAGUCUAGGCCAACCAUUUACAAUAAUCCUGAAUAAGACUAUUUUUUUAUUUUUCCCGCAUCCCCGCCACCUCCCCACAGAUUCUCCUACUCACACACUCUCACACUCCCACCCAACCCGGGUCUCUGGCACAUAUUAUAUAUUUUUACAACCACACAAAGAGAUGUUUAGGUUAAUACCAGCAUAAA